AAUUUAAUUGGAGUAACUUCUGAACACUAAAUCCCUAAGAAGUGUUUAUACCAAAUAUUAAAACCCAAGAAUAAAACCUGCGUUAAUAUCCUCCCAUCAGCCGCCGCCCCUUCUUCUAAAAUAUUUCCGUCACUCUCAAUUGUUGGUCGAAAGUUUCUUAGUUCUGAAUGGUCAUCCCAAACUGAACCUGAUUUCAAAGAAGAGCUUACCGGAAGACGUUAUCAAGGUGCCACACUUAUUUGGAUAAUUUGAGUUCAGCUUUUACAGAUACCAAGGGUAAGGCCAAGGCCUAGGAAGAUGACGAGGGAGUGGAACGCGUGUCAAGAUGAGUUAACGGGAACGACCUUGGUGGGGCCUGAGAAGAAGAAGGUCUCGAUUCUCAAGGUCAUCAAGCACUGCUGGACAAAGCACGACGAUGAGUCGGAUGCCGAUCCGCCACCCCGCCUCGCUGAAAUCGAAACAAAGUAUAACACAAAUGUUGAGAAGAAGCGGGCGGAAUUAGGCUUGACUCACGAGGAUGAGAUCGAUUCUGAUGUGGAAGAUGAUGCCAUCGUUGAGGCAGCUGAGGUCUACAAGGGCCAGGUUCCGUGCAUGGGGGCCGAGGGGCAACGGAUUUUGUACGACCACAACGGCGCUUCAUCUUCUCGAUCAAGGCGCGGAGAGGAUCCACAUAUCGCUCAAAUGCAGCGGGAAUUGGAGGAGCAACAGCGGGCCUUGGAUGUGACACCGCACCCGAACGUCCUUGAAAAUUUGAUUUAAAUAUUCAAAGUUUAUGUAUUGGAUUUCUGAUUCCCAAACAAUUGUAAAACGAUUAAUGUUUUACGUAAUUAAUGAUCGAAUAUUGUACUGUUCGAACUCGUAUAUUAGUGUCGGACAUACAAAUACUAUUUGGGACUUAUUAGUAAAUAAAAGAGCCCAACAUUAUCGUAAA